UUCGAUUUCCUUUCCUGUCUCGUAAAGUUGUGGAUCUCCUUUUCGUCUCUCCCGCUUCGGUCCUUGCUUCCAACAGACAAAUCAAGGAGGAAGUCACACGUCAGGGCAGAGGAAGAAGUAGGAGGGGCGGCGAGAGAGGUUGGGCGGAUGGCAGAAAGGAAGAAGGAGAAGAAAAAGGCGUCGUUGGAGAAGGGAACUGCAUGAGAUUCAGGGAAAACGAUAAUUGCUGGAAAGAACAGGAAAUAAGUACAGGUCCACUCCGUCUUCUUCCGUCGCGUGUGGUCUCCAAGAUGGCAGACGCGGCUUUCUCAGCCUCACUACUUUCUUCUUUCUCUUUGGUCGACGAAGGGAAGCGAAGAGAACCGAUAUGGCACGACAGCGUCAGGGCGCCUGUUGUGUCGCAUCGCUCUCUGCUAGCGGCCUCGGAAAUCUCACCAGGCUUGCACAACACUCUCUGCGUCCUUGCCGGCAUCCUGCUUCUUCUUUGGCUGAUCCAUCUCCUUAGACGGCUUGUCAAAGCGGACAAAGUUCGACGCCAGUUCGCCGUUCAACAGCACCCUCUGCAUCUUCGUGGGCUCGCAGGAUAUUCGGAGGACCUGCAGCGUCUCUUUCGCAUCCACUUUGAGAAGCUUGUCCGGAAUUACAAUCCCGCCUCGCCUCUCGCCAUUCUCCGGGUUCGCGUAGCUGCUCAAACGAAGUCUGUUCUCUUUCUUCCCUGCACCUCGUCUCCGUCUGGCUCUUCGGUUCCUCUUUCUUCUUCUGCUUCGUCGCAUGCCUCUCCUUCGUUUUCUUUCCUGCCUUCUCACGGCGAGGACCGGCAGACCGACAGCAGAUUCAGACUCGCCACAAGCGGCGGGGAUGCACGAGGAACGAGCGAAGAGCAGAAAGGGACGGCAGUGGCUCUGGCUGUCGGGCCGGGGGGCCGGGGAGACGUCGAAUUGGUCGUCGAUGCAUGCGACGCAGCGACGGUCAUCGUUUACUGGGGAGUUGAUGCACGUGCGCUGCAGAAAGCGCUCACCAAAAAGGCAGACGAAGUGAGCAUUUGCCUGGGAAGUCUCGACGGGCCUCUCCACCUUCCGCGCUCUCUUCGGAGAAUCUUCGGCGUGCGCCGUCUUGCUUCCUCUCGGCCCACACGACGUUCUGCCGUCCACCCCGAUGCCUCGCGUUCUCUUCUCGAGUUAGAAGGGAGAGAAGGGCAGGCGUCAUCGGGGCCGGACAGGGAGAGGGAGGGCGAGAGACUGUCAUUGUCAGAGCAGGGUGGAAGCACUGGAGCUCCUCUCUCUUCCCCGCCUCUCCUUACAUCUUCCGAAUAUCGCCUGCGAUCUGCUGAAGUCAGAAUAGAAGCUGGUAUGAAUCAGCGCGUGCGGAUUUCUCCUUUGGAUCCGAAGGCAACGCUGGGCAGCUUUGCGCCAGUGGAGACCGCCGACGCACCAAGCGUUGAAGACAGAGCCGAGCUUCCAUUGAUUGUCGUUGCUUCUCUUCUCUCGCAUUCACAUCAGCGCAUGAGCGAGGUGGGCCAUCUCGGCGCUGUGUCCGUAUCCGAGGCUUCUACACACGUUCUCAUCCUCCGUAGAAGUCCGCAGAACUCAUCCUCUCUCGGCCUUGAGUUGGCAAAGGAGGUCGUUCUGGGCGGCGGCCUCAUGAGAGCGCAAGAGCGCCUAGACGUGUAUGGACUUGAAGAAGGAGAUACGAUUGGCGGAGAGACAGAAUGCUUGGUUUGUAUGACGAACGCGAAAGACGUGAUGCUGUACCCCUGCAGGCACUGCUCGCUCUGCUUUGACUGUCUCCGUUCGCUGCACCAGGAACGGUGCCCGAUUUGUCGGUCAAAUUUCUCAGCCUUUGUGACGUUUCCGUUCAAACGGGCGCAUGCACUGCUUCCCUCGUCUACGCCUUCGCUGUCUUCCCCCUCGUCCUCCAGCGCUCGACCCUCCGUGCCUGCGCCCCCCACUUCCGGGGAGCGAGGAAGAACGGAGAGAGACAGAGACAUGUUAGGCUCUCGUCGGAGUCCUCGGUCGCCUUCUGCGUCCCCUGAGAGGCGACGUGGAGAUGCCCAGCGGGGAGUUGAGAGGCCCAGAGACGGAAGCGAAGAGGAAGAAGACGAUCGGGGGAAUGCUACUGCGUCGUCCGGCUCGCGCUUUCGACGCGGGCGGGACAGAAGAAGAGGGAGAGCGCGCGAACGAAGCGAAGGGGUUGAGUCGACAGAAAGUAGCAGAGGUGUUCCAGGGAUGCUCCUAGACCAGCUGCGGCACUACGUGCACUACGACGAGCUUGGCAGCGAUGUGCUUUCGGAUAGUGACUCAUAGACAUAGUGUACAAAUCCAUACCAAAGGGUCUACAUGUCACCCUCUUCCGUUUGUGCAUACGCGUGCCUGCAUGCAUGACAUGCAAAGGCGAGGUCGGGUGGAGAGGGGCACAGCGUACAUGCGUGUGGUGUGAAGCUGGUCGCUUCUUCUCUGAAACAGCUAAUUUCAUCAAGGUAUCUGGGUCACAACGACAGACUUUUUUGGUACGUACACAAGCGCCUUUGUGUACAAAGCCUAACGUGGAAAUGCCGUCUCGGUGACAACAUACCUGUGUAGGACAAUAGAAAAGCGAUUUAAACGUCUCCGCAGACGAAGCUCCCGCCUCGCCACAAGACGAGAGUGACAGCAGCUUCGACAGUAAACAAGUGAUUUUCUUAAUUUCUGGAUGUUCUUUUUGGAAAUAAAUAUAUGUGUAUGUACGUACGUACGCCCGCUUCUACGUUUUGUCUUCCUCUCGGUUGGUUAGCUGACACGGGUUUGGUAAGAGAAAAUGCAUGCGGUUCACUGACACACAGCUUUCCGGUAUGGGUAUGCACGGCGUUUUUACUGUAAACCACCUCUUGUUUUCACGCGUUGGACCGGCCUCUCAGCAAACUCCACAUUCCUCUUCAUUAAGAAGGGUAACAGAAGACGAUUAACAGACAGCAAACCUUCUGACCGUGGUAGCAGCCUACUCAGUACCGCUCUCGCGUAACGCUUGUGUCUGUUUCACGAAAGAUUCGUAACCCAAAUGAAAACAGACAGGUCCCUAAUUCACGACCUUCAGUUGCUGGAGGGAGUGACGUGCUUCCACUUGAAUUGCCUUCUGAGUUCUCGCAGUUACUGGCCCGCUUGCGUCUACCGGCAAACUCGUCGACUCUGUCGGUCUUUGCUGUCACUGUGCUGCUGCUUGGUAGCAUUCUGUUGCUCUCCUUGUCCUUUCCCUCGCGUUCGACCUUCCUCCCGUUGUUAUCGAUCGCAAGGUAGCUUGAAUUCCUGUCGCGACUUCGGGCCCUUGAUCCCGUCAACUGUGCCUGCAACUGCGCGCAUGAACGUAGAGGACUACGCCGGUAGUGCCGAGUUCUCUGUGUUGUUUUUGUCCUGAGUGUCGCUCGUCUAGCGGUGUUUCGAUAUGCCUAUCCCCGAUCCACAUGAUGGGAUUUUAAGACAGCCAAACGUGUUGGAUUUCCUCAUCUUACGAAAUUAACUUUACUCCACAUCGGGUGUGUUCUAGGUGGAAUGUAUGGAUUACUGUUAUUUCUCGUACUUACAGCGAGCACAGACGCGCACGCGCAAACGAAAAGGGUGAGUUAUGGCAACGAAGCACAGACAUGGUGUCGCAUUCGGGGCGCAGAGUCAGUCGUUACGAAACGAUACGAAAUGGGGAGAGACACGGCGACUGGAAAUGCACGCACAUGCACACAACGAGAGACAGCCACCUAGGAGCUGCUGUUUCAACUAUGAGUGGAGAGAAAAGGACUCUGACAAGAAGAAACGGUAAAAACAGAGCCGGCGCAAGAACUGUCAAUGACGAUCAACACAACGUUGUGGCACUGUAACGUUCUAUCACCGCUUACCUAUCGAGCACCCUAUGGAGCAACACAUGAUACUGGCCAUGAGGACAACCAGCAAGCGUUCAAGUUUAUGCUUCCUAAUCUGCACACAUAAGGGUUCUUUUAGAAGGAAAUGCAUCAGUUAUGGACUAGAAGGAAGGCGAAUUCACCCCACGAGUGUCCCUAUAUGAGCGGCCUGUAUCUCUCCUGUACCUCCAGCUUUUCUACUCACGAGCAAACCAGCCGGACAACCGCAGUGCCAUUUGUGAAAUGCCGAACCAUGUAAAC